AUGCCCUCCUACCACCAUGCAUGUGCCUUGGUCAAUUCGAAUACAACUCCGGAUUGGAUUACUGCAUUGCGAGAUAUGUCUCUGGAUGUACCAACUUCCAAUCUAAACCGGAUCACUUACGCGUACAUCGCACCAGUUAUUAUCGUAUUUGGCAUUCUUGGAGACGUGCUUACUGUAAUCACCUUGACUCAUCCGCUGCUGCGAAAAAGCACCAUAGUCUACACCUAUCUCACACUGCUUGCUAUGACUGACCUUAUGACUCAAUUUUCCGUGGUCCCGAUGAUUAUGUGGCUGCUCGACAUCCGAGCUUGCUCAGCAGCAGCCUCUUUUUUCUACGCCCACAUAGGAUUUCCACUGGCCAAUGCACUAAUGGGUGCUUCAGUAUGGAUUGUCGUAUUUCUAACAUUAUCUCAGUAUAUGGCUGUAUGUCGUCCCUUCGCCUAUGGACUAAGGUCCAGAAAAGUAUGCUUUAUCCUAUUUUCUCUGGCAUACAUAUUCAAUUUCUGUAUCUAUGCACCAUGGGCUGUCAAGAAAGAAGUGCACAAUUUGAAGCUGAUUGUUGGAAAGGAUGCCCUUCCGGACGAUGUAUGUCCGUAUAUUGUCUGUGACACAAUUCCAGCUGACUGGUUCAUGGUUUACGAAACUGUUCGAGAACUCAUCAGUCGAGUAUUUCCUUUCUUCCUGGUUGCUUAUAUGAACGCCAAAAUUCUCAUCACUUACAGAAACACGAAGAAGGACCGAAUGUUACGACUAACAAGUUCUCAAAAGCGUUUUGUAUUUGAGAAGAGCGAAAGGGAGGAGAAACGGCUAUUCGUAUUACUGUUCACUAUCAUCAUAAUCUUUUUCCUUUGCACUAUACCUGCAGCUCCUCUCACAAUACUUGUAGCAGACAACAAAUCAAACAAUUUACCCUUUCAGGUUUUUCGAGCUAUCGUCAAUCUCCUGGAAUUUACGAAAUUUGCACUCAAUUUCUACUUUUACUGUUUAAUCAAUCCUGAUAUUCGUCAAAUUUGCAUGUAUGUAAUAAUGUGUAAGAAGAUCUCACGACCACCCAGGGUCAAGGGUCAAUCUACAACACCCAUAUCGUUCUAUACAAGGUCUACGAAAAAUUCCUUUGCACGUGGAAGGACCAGUUCUGGAAAAAGUAACAAUGGAGAAGAAUGGAGUACUCGUAUGGACUCCGAACGACGGAACACAGCCAGCGAGCCAACAUAUAAGAAACUACCCGUGAUAAGAGAGAUUGAUGUCAGCAUAUAAUGCAAAUGCAU